AUGCUCGGUGGAAGUGUGCUCAACAGGCAUAUCGGCACCUCAGCGCAUCUGCACAAAGGCACGUCGCCUGUGUUGACGCAUCACCAUCGUCUCAGCUUCGGCAGCGGUGCGGCGCCUUAUGGUAGCCUAGAGCGGAAAGAGAGCGUUGCAGGCUCCGACACGACGAGCCCAGGUGCCCAGCACGGCCACCACGGUAUAGGCGAAAAUGCCUUGGCUAGCAACAGCAAUGAUACCCUCAACACUCAGGCGCAGAGUUUCGAAGACACAAAUGGCGUGAAGGGCAGCGAACAGCAAUCUGUACCGCCGUCUUGGGCCGAGCUGAAGACUAAGGCGGGGAAGGAGCGCAAGCGGUUACCGCUGGCUUGCAUUGCCUGUCGGCGGAAGAAGAUUCGCUGCUCGGGUGAGAAACCAGCUUGUAAGCAUUGUCUCCGGUCGCGGAUACCUUGUGUGUACAAGGUCACGACCCGAAAAGCGGCGCCUCGAACAGAUUAUAUGGCGAUGCUGGACAAGCGGCUGAAGAGGAUGGAAGAUCGCGUGAUCAGAAUCAUACCGAAAGAUGAGCAGGGCAUUGUCUCGAAUACUGGCCGAGCUGUGGUCAAGCCACCGCUUCCGCCACCACCGUCCAAGCCGUCAUCAUCCAAGAAGCGAGUGGCCGAGCAAGCGUUCGGAGAAGAGCUUGACGAGUGGGCGAGCGCAAAGGCGGCAGGCACAGUGACGAAAGACCAGCGUAAUGCCGCACAAGGCUCGGACGAUGUCACAACGCACGACGCUGAGGAGCGCAAUCUUCUCAUGGAAGGUGCAGAUAAGCUUCCUUCGAAGGAGCUGCAAGAACAUCUCUCCGAGGUCUUCUUCGACUACGUCUACGGUCAGAGCUAUCAUCUCCUCCACAAGCCUAGUUUCAUGCGGAAGUUGGCUCAGGGGACGGUGCCACCAGUGUUGAUGUUGUGUGUGUGCGCUAUCUCGGCGCGCUUCUCCAGUCAUCCAUCUGUGAGGACGGAGCCAGCUUUCUUGCGAGGCGAGAACUGGGCACAACCUGCGCGUGAAAUAGCACUGAAACGAUACGACACGCCGAACAUUACCAUUCUGAUCUGUUAUCUCAUACUUGGAUUGCACGAAUUUGGGACCUGUCAAGGCGGUAGAUCAUGGAUGUUCAGUGGCAUGGCCCAACGUAUGGCGUAUGCAUUGCAGCUGCACAGAGAUGUUGACCACGACCCCAAAGUUCGACGUAGCACGGACGGCAAAGGUGGCGACGAAGAUCUGACAUUCACUGAUCGAGAGAUCCGGCGACGCACGAUGUGGAGUUGUUUCUUAAUGGACCGUUUCACCUCGAGCGGCACCGACAGGCCUACUUUUGUUGCAGAGCAUUUCAUCCGUGCACAGCUACCUAUCCGUGAAAGCUACUAUCAAAUGGAGAUCACUGGGCCAACGGAAGAUCUUGAGGGUAACGUACCGCAUCCAGUCCCGCCAGAUACGGGCCAGCUUUCAAACGCCAGGGAAAACAUGGGCGUUGCUGCGUACCUUGUUCGACUAGUUGCCAUCUGGGGUCGAGUCAUCCACUAUCUUAAUCUCAGCGGCAAAGACCGCGACGAGUUGCCAAUGUGGGCUGAAGGCUCCAUGUUUCUCAGUAUACAGAGCUCGCUUGACAAGUGGACAAGUGCAUUGCCGCAGACUCUGCAUUACACGCCCAACAAUCUGCAGAAUUACGCAAGUGAGCAUAUCGCUAACCAAUUCUUAUUCCUACACAUCAUACACAACCAGAUCAUCCUCUUUCUUAACCGCUUCGCUUUACCGACACCUGGGAGUCGCGCUGCCCUACCGAAAGACAUGCCGUCCGAUUUCCUGCAGAAGGCUCAGAAAGCAGCCUUUGCAGCUGCCAAUCAGAUCUCUGCUCUUGUCCACGAAUCUAUGGAUCAUCUGGUCGUGGCGCCGUUCGCAGGGUACGCCGCUUUCUUCAGUAGUACCGUUCAGAUCAACGGUGCUUUUGCGAAGAAUCCGCAGUUGGAAGCCAGGAGCAAGCAGAACUUGGCAUGGAACGUCAAGUUUCUAACGAAGAUGAAGAAGUACUGGGGCAUGUUCCACUUCGUAACGGAGAAUCUGCGAGAGCUGUACCGCCGUCACGCAGAUGCUGCACGGUCUGGGGCAGGCCAGAGCAAGCAUACAGACGGUGGUGAUGGCGCGAUCUUCCAAUACGGAGAUUGGUUCGAUCGCUAUCCUCAUGGUGUCAGCGGCACGGACUAUGAGGAGCCUUCUCUGGUGGUGAAGAAAGAACCUGGCGCGGAUGCCGUACUUGGACAGAAGAGCGAUCUACAGACCGUCGAAGAGUUCUUCUCCAAGCUCAGCCCA